UAUUUUACCCCCACCUAAUAUAUAAUACUCAUAUCAGAAACCUAGAGAGCUAGCAGUAGCGGCAGAACGAAAAAGUACUUAGAGAAGCUGAGAAAAUAGGAGGGCCUCCUUCUUCUCUUCUUCUUCCUCUCACAUUUACCCCUCAAAUUAGCUCUAAAUCUCCACAAAUUCGUACAAAAAAGGCAGCCAUGUAAGAACCCAAAAAUCAGCCAUCUUCGCCCCCAAACCCAGCUGAAAACAGCUCCCAAAACCACCAAAAAUCAGCUCCUUUCUUCCAGCAAAAACCUCCCCAAAACACCUUCAUAUCAGUCAAAAAACAACCCCAAAAACCCCAGCGAAAAUCAGCCAAAAAGACCUCAAAACAAUCACCUCUGAAAAUCGGUCCAAAUCUCAGUCAAAAGGCGGCCAAAACGCUGCAGAAGAUAGCCAUUAUAGCAGCUCCAAAUUACCAUGUAAAUACCCAAAAAAUACCACCAAAACACCACCUAAAACCACCUGUGUCUUCACCAUUUUGUUGUGCGAGAUCGACUGUUGAGACGCCGGCGAGUUUCGGUCGAGGUCCGUCGGGAUGUUUCUCGUUGCUUUGAAUUCUCUGUACCAAAGAGUUGGAACACCAGGACACGGAGAACCAAAAUUAAUUCCACGAGGCUUCUGAAUUUCCUAUGAAAUUAUAGACAAGACAAGCAUUGCAUUACAUAAGAAAAAGAAGAAUGAGCAAAGCAGGUACACCUGAUUUUUUCUACAGGGAAGCUCAGCGCCUUGGUUAUGUUGCUCGCUCUGCAUUCAAGUUGCUUCAGAUGCAGAAACAGUACAAAUUGAUAACCCCUGGUUCUUCUGUACUCGAUCUUGGGUGUGCUCCCGGCGCAUGGCUUCAGGUGGCAUGUCAGAGCUUGGGCCCACUGAAAAAUGGAGGUGCUGUUGUCGGAAUUGAUCUCAAGAAGGUAAAGGUUCCUCCUAUGCACUGUGAUUCAAGAGUUCAAACUGUUUGUGCUGAUGUUCUCAACCUUCCCAAGAACAAACUCAAGGCUCUUUCUCCUCAGCAAAACGGAUUUGCUGUCAUACUGUCUGAUAUGUGCCCCUUAGUUUCUGGAAUCAGCAUAAGAGAUGCAGCUUUAUCCGCUGAACUGGGUAUGCGAGCCCUUGAUUUAGCUGUUGGCGGGGUUUCCCUAUUGCAUUCAGAUGAUACUGUACAAGGGGAAGGACGAUCAGAGUGCUCAAAUUCAACCCCAAAGAAUGAUGGUUUACUGCGACCUGGGGGCCAUCUUGUCAUUAAGCUUUUAGAAAGUGAAGAUGUGAAAGAGUUUGGGCAAUUAUGCAAACCACUCUUCAAAAAGGCAGCAUGGUUGAGGCCAAAUGCAACUAGGUCAUGUUCAAAGGAGAUAUAUCUAAUUUGUCAAGGAUUGCUGUGAAUUGAGAAUAUUUUGUAUCAAUAUCAAGCUCCCAAUAUGCCUGGAUCAUGAAUACAAGUUAUACAUCUUACAUAUAUGAUUCAGCAGAAAUGCUGUCUUCCUGAGUUGAUCGUGAUGCGGAUUAGAAUACGAGGAGACGGGUGUUUUAGCAAAAGUCAAAAAUAUAUUUUGGGUUUGUUUGAUUAUGUUAAGAUUAUAAUUGUAAUAAGGCAAAUAGAUUAGUCAUUGGAUGUUAUUGUCACUUCCAAAAUGUGGAUAGAUGACGUGUAAAACUUAAAAAACUACAGAGAUCAAUUCCCCGGUAAAUUCCCUCUACGGAGCUGUUGAAUAAGUAUCUGAAUUAGUGCCAUUUUAAACUAGAAAGAUCUGAAAUAAUAUUAUCUUUAAGUAUGAGAUCUAUUGAGCAAAUUA